CCGGCUGCAUUGACACUGGUGUGGAAAAGAUGGCUGCUUCGGCGGCAACGGCGAGUUCUUCCCCCGGUUUGUGUCCAAAUUACGCCGUGAUUUGCUCCUUCCUGGAGCGGUACGGAGCGUUGCUGGACUUGCCGGAGCUCACCUUUCCACAGCUGGAGAGAUAUCUGCGGGACACAUCCUCAGUUCCUAAGCUGCUGGCUGAGCUUCACGUCAAGUUGCUGAGGAAGAUUGGCAAGUCGGUGUCAGCGGACCGAUGGGAGAAAUAUCUGAUAAAGAUAUGCCAGGAGUUCAACUCAACCUGGGCGUGGGAACUCGAACAAAAAGGAUACAAAGACUUGACGGAGGAGUGCAAGACGGGAAUACUUAAAUAUUUGUGCGAGUGUCAGUUCGAUGACAACGUGAAGUUCAAAACCGCCAUCAAUGAGGAGGACCCGGACAAGAUGCGCCUGCAGCCGAUCGGCCGGGACAAAGACGGUCAGAUGUAUUGGUAUCAGCUCGACCAAGACGACAACGUGCGAGUCUACGUGGAGGAACAGGACGACUUGGACGGGUCGUCGUGGAAGUGCAUCGUCAGAGAUAGAAACGACCUGGCGGAGGUUCUGGCUCUCCUGAAGACACAAAUCGACCCCGAGCUCCUCAAGAGGGACCUGGAGAACAAACCUGAAGGUGAAGGUGAAGUUAAAAAGAUCGAGGACACGUCAGACGAAGACAACAAAGACUCCAAAGAGGCCGUCUGUCCAAAGACGGAGAACAACGAGAAAGACGAUUUGAAGCCGGAAGCGUCCGAGGCGAUAUCCUCUCUGAAUGGCGUCAUCGAAGGCAAACCUGAAGCAGAACUUCACUCAGAAAAGCCCUCUGCGGAUCACGGCGUCAGUACAAAAGCCCAGAACAUCAAAGAAGAGCCGAUGGAGGUGGAAACUAAAACACAAAGCAUAGCGACGAGUGAACAAACGUCUGAGGCGCCGGGUUUGACGGUAAAGCCGGAGAAGGCAGAGGAGGCCAAGAAGAGCAGCGCGGAGGAGAUCCAACAGGCUCUGAAGAACGACCAGCAGGCCAAAAUCCCCCUGAAGAAAAGAGGGAUGAAGUUUACUGAAGACUUUGAUAAAAAUAGCGGCAUCAAAGUGCCAAAUCCUCCCGUAGUAACGCCCGUCAAGGAAGCUCAGAAAGCCGACUCGACUCCCGAGCAGACAAAGAAAGCUCAGAGCGUCAACGAUCAUGUUAACGGCGAGGUUCAGCCCACGCAAGAGAAGGAGCUCAAGAGUAAUUCCUGCGAGUUGCUAAAAGAAGCGGCCGUUGACAAAGAGGAAGCAGCUGCAGGUAAAACUGUAGAAGCCAGAGAAAAAGACUCGCCGUCCACAGACAAGGACGAUGUGAAAGAUAAAAAGGAGGAAGCCAGCAGUGCAGAGAAGGUCGAAGAGAAAGCUGCUGCACACACAGAAGACGUAGACAAGAAAAGUCAAGAUGUGAACGUCACAAAUGAAAGCUCUGCAUCAAAAGAAAAGAAGGAGGAAGCACAGGAGUCUCCCCCGACGCCGACAGAACCGCCAGCUUCACAAAAAGACGAGAAUAACGCACUCGAGAAGUCGUCUAAUCAUGAGGAAGUAAAAGAAUCCCGACCAGCGGAUGAAAAAGAGUCUUGCACGGGAGACGGGACGACAUUAAAGGAAGCGGAUAAAUCAUUAACGACGGAGGAGUCAAAGGAAGUUAAAUCAAAGGAUUCCGAGGAGAAACCGCCGUGUGAAGACAUGGACACAUCAGAGACGAGUCAGACUGAAGACACCAAGACUUCAGAGGCAGAAACAGCCGAGAAGCAAACAGAAACAAACGGUGCUAAAGAAACGACGAGAUCUGAGAUCGAUGCAGAGAAAACGGACACAUUAGAUCUGAAAGAGAAGCCGGGAGUGAUCAAAACGUCAGAGACGCAGAGUGCAGAAAAAGAUCCCGCAAAGACAUCCGUCGAGUCUGGAAAAACCGAGUCACCGCCGCCUGUCGUCGAAAAGACAGAAAAGCGAAAAGACGACCUUAAUCAGGAGACACGAGAGGUCACGGCGAGUUCUGCAGACAAAGCAAUAAUCAGCGAGAAAGCAGAAGAGAGUGUGAAGUCUUCUGUUGUUCAAGAGAAGGACCAAUCAGAAUCAUGCAAACCUGUCGAGGAGAAAGAGAACAUCAAAGACGCAGAGACGACUCCAGAAAAAGACGACGCGACCUCUGACACCAAGACGGAAAAGCCAGAGGAGAAGGAAAAGCCCGAAGAUGCAAAGAAAUCUGUCAACUGCGAUGACAGCACGAUGCAGGACGCCGGCGAGAUGAGAGACUCCACGCCUGUAGAAGAAGAGGCGACGGCCGGGAAACCCGAUGUGACAGAGACGCAAGAGGGUGAAAAAACUGAGAUGAACUCAGUUGCACAGAAGGAGACAGAGGAAGCAUCUGAAGGGAAAGAAGAUAAGCCGCCAAAGCGUGCUGAGAAGUCGAAGGCGGCAGAAGUGGAUGAUAGCAAAUCUGACAGGCCAGACUCGGAGCGGGAGAAAGUGUCAGAGGAGCAGCCCAAAGAAGUCGAUCCAUCGUCAGAAAUCAAAAGGGGUGCAGAGAAGGAAAAAGAAGAGGGCACCGAAAAGGAGAAAGUUAACAAUGAUAUCGAAAAACCUCCAUGCGAAGACAAAGAGAGCAAAGAGGAUUCUACGACAGAGAAAAUGUCCAAAAACGACGAGACAAAGGAGGAGAAGAACGCUCAAAAGGAAAGGGAAAGCUCGCCCAGGAGAGAUGACUCCGAGCGCCAGAACGGAAGCAAAGAAUCAGAAGAGAAAUCCUCGGCUGAAACGGGGAAAGAGAGCAAAGAAGCGGACUCUGAAAAGCUCACCGACGAGGAGAGUAAAAGUAAAAGUGAAGAAGAGGAGUCCGCGACAAAGAAAGAGGUGGCAAACGGCGAGGAGGCUCCCGCAGAAGUUCAGGUGAAGACUCUGCGCAGAAGGAGGAGAAGGGGGCCCGCCCAUCGCAGGAAAGCCGAGCUCCAGCGAGAGGAGAGGGAGAGGCAGGGCGACUCCGAGUCCGAUACAAACACGGGGAUGUCUCUCCGGAGAUCGCCGAGGAUCUCCAGGCCGACGCCCAAAGCUGUGGAGAUCAACGACAGGAAGCAGGAGAAGUCCCAGGUCGAUGACAAAGACAAAGAAAAAGAAGAAAAGAAAGAUAAAGCAGAAGGGGAGGAGGAGGAGGAGGAGGAAGAGGAGGAGGAGGAGGUGAAAACUGUUCAGAAGAAACCAAGGGAGAAAAAGACGGAUCAGGAGGGUCAGCCCAAACCGAAGGGGAGAAAGAGACGGAAGGUCCGGUGGUCAAACACACGAACGCGUCGUAAAAAGAAAGGCUCCGAGGAGGACGCCAGCGAGGGCUCGUCCAGCGAAGAGGAGGACAGCGAGGACUUGGACGACAGCGACGAGGACUACAAGGUGGAGAGAGGCAGGAAGAGGCGGAACCGCAACCGAGAGAGACGAAGCUCCGACUCGUCGACAUCCUCAGACGACGACCUACCUCCGAACGACGACCCCUGCAAACAUUGUGGUCUUCCAAAUCACCCGGAGCUGAUCUUACUGUGUGAUUCCUGUGAUAACGGCUACCACACGGCCUGUCUGAGACCUCCGCUCAUGAUCAUCCCAGACGGAGAGUGGUUCUGUCCACCCUGCCAGCAUAAGCUGCUCUGUGACAAAUUAGAAGAGCAGCUCACGAACCUCGACGCGUCCUUGAAAAAGAAGGAACGGGCGGAGAGGAGGAAAGAGCGGCUCAUUUACGUCGGAAUCAGUCUCGAAAACAUCAUCACGCCCUCGACGGAGGUCGAGGAGGAAAAGCCGGAGAUCAUAAUAAAAGAAAAGAAAGAGUCGAAGAAAAGUAAGAGCUGGGGUCGAAGGUCAACGAGGACGAAGAAAUCCAUCAGCUACAGAUUCGAUGAAUUCGAUGAGGCGAUCGAGGAGGCGAUUGAGGAAGACAUCAAAGAAGCAGAGGGCGGAGGAGCUGGUCGGGGUAAAGACAUGGCCAACAUCACAGGACACAGAGGGAAAGACAUAUCCACCAUCCUCCAAGCGGAGGAGGGCAAAGAGAACGGCCGUCCGCCACGAAGCAACGCCGGCCAGCGCAGGAAAAAACGCAGACGACUCAACGACCUGGACAGCGACAGCACCGUGGACGAGGAGGAGAGCGAGGAGGAGUUCUGCCUCAGUGAGAGCUCGGAAGAAGAGUUUGUGGUGUCUGAAAACGACUCGGAGGCGGAGUCAGAGGCGGAGUCUAACAACAGCGAGGUCGGCGGCGGUAAGCGGCGCUCUUCUUCUUCGCGGAGGAGGAAGGUGCCUAAACGACGGCGGAGCUCGAGAAAGAGGCGGAGACCCAGAGGGUACUCGGACGAUGAAGAAGAGGAGACUGAUGAAGAAGAUGAAGAUGAAAUAGUGACUGAGGGCUCGAGCGAGUUCAGCGACAGCGACCUGGACAUGAGUCGACGGCGGUCUCGGCGGAGUCACAAGAAGCAGGUGAACUACCACGAGACGUCCGAGUCCGACGGCUCUCAGGCGGAAACCAACAAAGCCAAAGUGAAGCUCAGACGUCCGCAUGACAGCUCCGAGAGCGAAGCGAGUUUCUCCAGAGACUCGGAGGAGGAGUCAAAGGAGCGGAGGGUGAAGAGGAGAGCCGACUCGUCAGAGGAAGAUUCCCGGCAGCGACACCGGCGUCUGGCACUGAAGCGCAGGAGAGCCUCUGAAGACGACGACUCAGACGACGACUCUGAUGAGUCAUCGGAGGAGGACCGUCCUGUCCGUAAACGGGUGAACCGCAUCGACUCGGACGAUGACGAGGAGGAGGAAGAGAAGGAGAAAGAGGAGAAGGAGGGCGAGGAGGAGGAGGAGAAACCUAAGGAGAAGAAGGCAGCUGAACAAACAGACGAGGAGUCAAAGGGAACGAACCCAGCGGACUGCAAUCCCACUAACGGACAGAACCCCAUAAAGCCUGCCGCCGCCGCCGCUCCAGGCCUCGUUCCCAAUGUGGAAACACCCAAAAACACGAGUGCCACACCAGCUGCUGCUGCCGCCGCCACCGCACCCAACGGUCUGGUCGGCCAGGAGUCGGGGGCGGCGGCGCAGGAGGAGGACGAAGACGACCUGUUAGGAGUCACAGACCUAGUGGACUACGUCUGCAAUAACGAAGAUAUGUAGAAACAAAAAACGCUGAACUCUUUCAUUUUUUUUGUGGUAUUGUAUUUUUAUAUUGCUUAACUUUAUUAUUCCCUCCCCCCACACACACACCAACACUUCCUGGUCGACCUCUGACCCGGAUGCUUCUGUCACCUGUCCAAAGCUGUCCCUGUGGGAUUGUUCUGUGAAUAGGGGGUUCUGUAACAAUACCUUUACCUGCAAAGCAACCACAGCAUCCAGCUCCACUGCCAAACCACCUCUGAAAAUGUGUCAUUCAUGUCUUAUCUCAUAUCAUCCUUUCUUUUCUUUCUUUUUUUUUUUAUAUACAUCCGAGAGAUUUUACAGAUUUCAGCUCCGGGACUCGUCUUUGUGGAUGUGUGAUUGGCACUGAAAUGGUUCAUUGUGUGGGAAGACGUUUAAGGAUACAAGACUUCUACCGUUUUAGGAGCAAAAAAUAAGUCAUUCCAUGCUUAAUUUGACGUUCUUGACUUGUGUUCAAAUGGAUUCCGGUUUCACAUUUUAGACCGUCAAGCAAUAAUUUGACAAUUUGGGAAAAGAGCUCAUCGAAAAGCUUUCAAGCUGAGAGUUAUGAUGAGGAGACUGAUACUACUCUCUAAUGCUCACAGUGAAUGAAAUUACAGCCAGUUAGCUUAGCUUAUAUAAUCAGCUACUCGGAGUGGAGCGUCUUGUACUGGACGAACAGAGCCGAGCGGCAGAAUCAACUGCUUGUUGUGAUGUUACUUUGUUACUUGAUGUUGAUGUUACUUUUUUCAUGGCAAUCAACUGUGUCGUUUUCUCUUUGAGAAAGACUUUUAAACCAGUUUAGCACAUGCAUAUAUACAAGUUAAGGUUGUCAAAAUUGUAUCUUUUAAUGCCGCUUGUUUUUAAAAUGAUAGAAACCCCGUUAUUUUCAUGACUGGUAGUAUUGAAAAUGAUUUUUUUUAAAAGAAGAAAACAGAUCUUAAGUCGUUAUUUUAACCCAAAAUUGCAGCGAGAGAAAAAGAGUGUCUAGUGUUGUGGUAUUCAUGACCACUUUUUAAAAGACUCAGUCUUGUCUCAGACUGGGUAGACUCCAGAUUUUAAAUCAAGACCACCACUGAUUGGCUAUUUGUCCUUGUCGUAAAUGUGAAUAGAAAGAAAACACCUCUUUCUAUAAGAACGAAUAACUUCAAUUAAUUUGUAGUUUCAUUUUUGUCCCCCGGUUACGGCCACAACCUUCCUGGUGUUACGAUCUAAGUGAGAGACACGCCCCCUAAACACAAGAUGAUGAUUUUUCAGUGAUAUUCAUGGUCUUGGUCUUGACUCAGACUCGAUCCCUAAAUGUCUCGGUCUCAGAGUACGUCUUGGUCUUGUUCAGUGUGGUAUUGACUACAACACUAGCACUGUCUUCAUUUAAUUUUGUGAAAUUAAGAUGUUAUGGUACAGCAGUUAGCUUUCAUCUUUUCUCUAUAAAAAAAAAUAAUUGAACCAGUUUUAAGUGCCUAGGACUUCUAUGUUUUAUUGUUUCAUGCCAUGGUAUCAAAACGAAUAUCAAUGGUGUCUGAUUUUAACUUUUAAGUUUUAAAUUCUGGUACUUUUACAACUCUUAAUAUAAACAGUAAAUAACCAAGCUUUAGAGUUAAUGCUCGGUGCAUUUUGUUCCCGCUCCCUCCUUUUUAAAAUAUUUGUUGCUAAGCUAACUAGCUUCAACACACAGAUGUACAUACUGGCUUGAGCGUUGCAUCAAUCUUCCCUCUUAACUCGGCAGCAGAAAGGAAACACUUCCCCAGAUGCCAACAGUUUGCUCUGAUCACCUCUGACUGUUUUAGACUAUUUAUUCACGUCGAAGAACCUUCUAGACUGAUGACUAGUCGACCAACAUCCAUCUGUCGGCCUUCCUCUUUGAGCUUGUUUUGUUGAACAGUAGAGUAGUUUUUUUUUUUUUGUAUAUUGUACACAUAUAUAAUAAUUUUGACUCUGUGCGCUGCCAUCAGUACCUGUGGUGAACUCACGUUUGUUUGAGUACUACGUCCGUUUCUUUUUUUUUUAAAUCAGAAGUAAAAGCUCGUCCCUCCUCAUAAUGAGAUUUAGUCUAGUUUCCUGUUUUUACAUUUACGUUACCGUUCUGUGAUCUUUUUUUUUUUUUUUUUUAAUAAUAAUGUAUUUUUUGUAUAUCGAAACUUUUAUUUGUGGUCGUCUCUUUGAGUGAAAUGUAAAAGUGUCUUAUUUCUUUGUACAUUGUCCUUCAUAGAAGGUUCAAAAACCUGCAGACCCUCGGCUUUUUACAAACUAAAACAACACUAAGCUUCAAAACGCCCCCUCUCCCUUUAUUUUACACUUCUUAUUCCGCCCUCCCUGAAUCUUCCAACAUAAAGAAAAAAACACAUCUAUAUAUUUACAUCCUCUUUAGUUCAUCACCUUGAGGUUUGAGUUGCAAACGUUCAGGAACCUCAAGAUCCAGAAGAAUAAACAGUUUAGUGGAAUAAUUUGUUUUGAAGGGAUAGUCAGGAUGCAGUUUUUGGAUGGGGGGAAAUGGACAGAACAAAAACAAACCAAUGACUUCACUGACCUCUGCUGGAACCACUCUGUGUGUAUAUCUGUAGUUUUUUGCUGUAAUAUAUUUAGAGGCAUUUUUGUAAUCAUGGAAAAAUAUAUCGGGCAAUUCUUUGGGAUUGCAUGAGUUUCUUAUAGUUUUUUUUUUUUUUUUUUUAAGGGAAGGGAAGAAGUAUUGGCACAAGAGUUUUUGUAACACUUCGGCAUGUUAAAAGGACCUUCUUGUCUUGUUGCAUCAGCGCUGAAAGACUUGUGAAGUAGCUGAAUUAUCUCAUCAUUUGCAGUGAAGCUGCAUAGGUAAGCAUGCGCUGACCUACUAAAGGCAUGUUACAGAAGCCUGGAGGGAGGAGGAGGAGGGGGGACGGGGGCGGGGGGGCGGGGGAGAGAGAGAAAGGAUUAUCACAGAGAAAAAAAAAUCUAGGACAGCUGAUCUGAUUUAAGAGAGUAAACAAGGCCUGUGUUUGUAAAAUAUUUUGUAAAUGAGUCUCCGCAUGGUCUUCACAGAGGAUAAACCACUCUAUUUAUCAUACUGUUUUGAUACUGGCCUCAGCCGACAACAUGACUUCCAAGACAAAAACCUAUACGUGCUGCUUGCAGUGCGCACAACGUAGGCUUCUAUACACACAACAUUUAGCUGUUUAGAUUAGUAGGACAGAAUAUAGCAAAACCCAAUUCUACAGACGUAACAGAAGUGUGUGUUCUGGUGGGCUGAGUCGGAAGAACAGGAAUGUGGAUGUCUUAUGUGCUGUACGUAAACCUGUUUUUUUUUUUUAAUUCUCCACAGAGAUAAAGGAGAAUGUGUUGAUAUCUAUCGGUUAUGAAAUAACCUGUAGCAGGACCCGCAUAGAAGAGGAGCGAUUUUUAAGAGGCUGCGACGGAUGGUAUUAAGGGAGGAAAGUUGGUGCCAAUGACUGAAGUGUUAACAGAGUUUCCUAUUUACCUCAUGAUGAAUCUGGGAGGAAAGACACAUCCUGUCCGCUGUGUAUAGAUGCUAUAGUAGACUGGUUGUUGGUGUUUUGUCUGCUCCUUACUUUUCUUUUUUUUUUGUUAACUUUACUGUUAUUUCUUAUGAAUCCGAUCUUGUACAUUUGUCAUAAUAAAAAUGGUUUUAAGCCUUA